UAAAAGUGCUGAAUAUAGAGGUGUUGUUUUGCUGAGUGUGCACGACCACCGCCGCUGCCAUGCCGUUAUCGCCGCGCUUGUGUUGCCGCUUGUCCCGGUGUGCGCCGCUGCCGCUGCCGCUGCCGCUUCGCUGUCCUGCUCAGCCGAACUCUCAGCAGCUGCCGUUUAAAGGGCAGCAGCAGUCUGGUUGUGCUGAAUCAUCACGACCCAGUCGUCAUCCAGACCCCACAUGCUGUUCCGAGACCGGGUCGGGUCGAGUGAACAGCCUCGGCGACGCACCAACCGGCGAUUUCAUAAUAACACAGACAAAGGGUGUACGUCGCGUACGGCUGUCAAGCUUAAAAAAGAAGCCAUGUGUCGGAAUUAGAGAGCGAGUUCGAGAGCAAGUCGGCUUUUCUGUGCCGUUGGUAUGUUUGGGGAUUCCCUUGGUUUGUGGACACUAAAGGGCUAGAUAUUCAGAAAGGUGGAAGUGAGGAGAGCUAGGCUUAACGUAGAGUAACAACUUAAGGCAGCGGAAUCCCUCGAAAACAACACAUAACCUCAACGUUAGCUCUUCCGACUGUCCUCUCUUCGGGGUGCUGAAGCGGCAGCGGCGGACACAAACUGGAAGCCUCCCGCUGCUGUCGCUUCACAAACGGACUCGUCUGUUGCUUCUUCACAGGUCUGUUCAGAAGAGCAAGGCAUUUGUGGCAUGACGACGACUAACAAAGGAAAUAAAGCCUUGAAGGUGAAGCGUGAGCCGGGGGAGAAUGGCACCACUCUCACGGACGACGAGCUGGUGACCAUGUCAGUGCGGGAGCUGAACCAGCACCUCAGAGGGCUCACCAAAGAUGAGAUCCUGCAACUGAAACAACGCCGGCGCACCCUGAAAAACCGGGGCUACGCUGCUAGCUGCCGGGUGAAGCGUGUCACCCAGAAGGAGGAGCUGGAGAAGCAGAAGACCGUGCUGCAGCAGGAGGUGGACAAACUGGCCAAUGAGAAUGCUUCGAUGCGCGUUGAGCUGGACGCUCUGAGGUCUAAGUACGAGGCGUUACAGACCUUUGCCAGGACUGUGGCGCGGAGCCCCAGUGUCGGGGUCGGAGUUAGGGGGGGAGGAGGAGGGGGAGGGGGAGGGAUGGCAUCGUCGGUCAUUGGUCCACUCAUACCGGGAAAGAUGGCAACAGCGACUAGCGUGAUUACAAUAGUGAAGUCAAAAACAGAUGCACGGUCUUGAGGGAGGGAAAGAUAGAUGAGGGUGUAGAGUUCAGCUGUGAUUCUUCUUCUCUGCCGGUCACCUCUCCUCCACCUGCACUGACGUCAAACAGCUGGGCAGUCUCUAUCCCAUCGCCUCAGCAUGUUCCCGUCACAUGCAUCAGAUCAGUGCAGGUGAAGGAAAGGAUGGAAGCAAGAUUAUUGAGACUAUAAAGAUGCAAGUCCUUGGUCAGCGCAUGAUCAUUUAGCACAGGACAGAUACACAGGGUUCCUAAGGUCACUGAAAGCCUGGAAAAGUCAAAGAAUUUGAGUAUGUUUUAUUCCAGGCAGGGGGGGGAAUCAAAGAAAAUCAAUGCCUAAAACACUCAAUUUUGUUCAAUUGGUAAUUACAUCGUCAAGUGUCAAGUUUCAGUGCUGGUAGAUCGAGAUAUCUGUAAAUUCAUAGUAAUCCCGUCACACAUUUGCACACUAGAUUUGAAGCGGUGGUUUGCCUGAACCAAGAUGUAGAACAUCUAAAUUCGCUACACUAGGCCUGUCACGAUGGACUACUUUUGUCGGACGAUAUAUUGUCCCAGAAAUAAUUGCGACAAACGAUAUUAUUGUCACUUUAAGAUAAUUUUAAGCCACUGUUAUAAUGAUAAUACAGUAACAUAAUAAUAUAUGUACAGCCAUUCAAUAAACAAUGAACUUUUAAUUCUUAACAAUAUUCAGACAUUGCAAUUGGAAUGUGAAAAUGAUCUUAAAUAAAACCAAACAAACCAAACAAUAAAUGAAAUGGGCUCACGGUCUCUGUUAAAACAAAUAUGCAAUGUCUGCGCAAUGCCUCAGUCCUAUAAUGUAAUACCCUGCUGUUUAUUCUAAAAUGUUAGUGACAUUCUUAUGUAAACAAACACGCAUCUAAACAUAACGGGCAAUAUCAAGGUCAGCAAAGAAUGAUCAAGGUCAUGUCCAUAUAUGGUACGAUAAGUCGACAACGUAAUUACCGUGACGGGCCUAACAACAAUAUUCAUACACAAGCACUACAUAUCUAUUACAGUCAGAAAGACGCUAUGUAUGUUUUAGUUAUAGAAAAGGGAUUGGAUUAGAUUUACACAAAGAGUGUCGGGUCGAAAUGUUGUGUGACCUGCUGAUUUCAGUGGCUGAAGAGAAGUCCCAUCAUGCUCCAUCCUAGCCAAGAACUUUUUCAGAAAAGUACUAUAGAAAAAUAUAUAUUACACAAUGGUGGUAACUGUAUUUCUACUGUUUUGUACCGUGUUGUCAUUCACAUGAGGUCCAAAGUGUAUUCUCCGUGUGUCAAUUGUUAUACUGUAUAUCAGGAAUUCUGUGAAAUUCUGUGGCGCGUGUUGGUUUUGGUAUUGCUAUAUUUAGUUAGCUGUAUUUUUUCUACGGUAUCUUCACUUUCUAUGUCCGGCUCUCUUUCUCCUACCUAUUCUUUCUCUGUCCUUCCAUUUUUCAAUUCCAACUGUUUUCCAUCAUUACACACAGUACUUCCUGGAUCUAACAGAAAGAGGGGCGAUAAGGCAAUUGAUAUUUACCAAAAAAAAACACAACAUACUAUAGAGAAGAAGGAGAUUUAGUUACUGAAAGUCACUGAACAUAUCUCAGUUUGUAGGAAUUUUCAGGGAAAUGGUCGUUUGAACACCAGAGCGGAAUUAAGAUAACGUUGUCUUCUGUCUGUUCGAGCUCCUCUCAAAAGUAUAUUCAAGAAAAUUGGAAGGGCAAGUGCCUUUGGUCUCCUAAUGAUAUGCAUAAAGAAGAAGGCAAGAGGACAUGAGGAGUUGUGGGAGUACGGUGGAGAUUCAAUGCAGGUGUUUGCUUAUAUACCUGUGCUUAAUGUGAAACACUGACCAAUCAGGAAUCAGGUUGUGGCAGCAUUAAACUGUGUGUUGUUGUACAGUAGCAAGAUUAAUAUUAAUAACACCCAUUUAUGUGACUUGGCAGUUCAUUUACUUAAAGGAAUACUUCAGCCCCACAAUGACUAAAUAUAUAUUAAUUACUCCCUCCGUGUUGCCUUGAAUUCGUGAAGAAGCAUUUGCUUUUCUCGCACGCCUCCACGGUGAACAAAGAAUCAGAAAAGUCUAGAAGAUUUGAAGUAAAUGGGGGCCGCAUUUAACAACAGCAAAACUACAUCAAAACAUCCGUUUACAAACUUUCGCACAGCUCGUGCAGUACAAUCUAAGUCGUGUUUAGCAAGUUGUAUGCUCACUACUUUGCAAACUCAUGCAUUUUGCUAUAAAAACCCUUGAGACUCAUCCUGACGAGGAGCGCGCCUGCUCAAGCCUGAGAGUAUUAAGGCAGCAGUUUUUGAAAUAGUAAGGUUUUAGUGAAAAUGCAUGUGUGACGGAAGUAGUGACUUUAUGACUGGAUAAAUGAGAAUUGGAUUGUACUGCACGAGUUGUGUGAGAGUUUGUAAACAAACGUUUUAAUAUAGUUUUGCUCCCAUAUACUUCAAAUCUUCAAGGACUUUUUUCAGGUUUGAAUUUGUCGUUCAGCUUGGAGGCAUGUGAGAAAACUAAGUUUUCCUCAAGAAUUCAAGGUAACACAGGCUGAGUAAUUGAAAUAGAAAUGGUCAUUUUGUGGGUGUAGUAUUACUUUCAAGAAAAAACAAAGGGGCUGCAAAACAGCAACAAUGUUCUGUUAUGAGUAGAAGUCCACAUAUCUGUUUUAUGUUAAUGACUUGGUUUGCAUGUUUAUGAAGUCGAUUGGCUACUGACUCUGAAAUCUAGGUUAUCACACCCACAGCAACAUUCUUGCCUAAAAUCAAAGUGGUUUAUGUUGCAUCCCUCUUGCUUCUAACCACAAAGCUCACUUUGCAAGUGUGAUUACUGACAGUGCAGUCAGCCAGCGAGGGAAGCAAAGAAAUCUCUGAAUUUCCAGUCACACAAAUGGGAUGUCAUUUCAAACGAGUUUUACCAUAAAAGUAAAAAAGUUACGUGGUGUACUAUACUACAAGAAUCUGUGUCUAUGUACGGUAGAGUCUGGAAUUUUAUAAAGACAAUUAUCUUUGCAUUGUUUGUAACGACCUUUAAGAAAAAAAAAAAAAAAAAGGUAUAACAAAAUUUGUUUGGUAUACAGUAUCUCUCUAUUUUGCAAUUGUACCAAAAGUGGCUUAA